UUCUCAUGCAGUCUUUGAUUGCAAAUAUUGAUCAAAUAAAUAGUACUUCAGAAAUUUCAAAUAAAAUAACAGUUCUCGAUGCAAUACAGUGGUUAGAUGGCGCUGUAAAAUUAUUGAAGCGAGAAACGAUUAAAGCAUGUUUCACUAAAGCUGGUUUUACCUAUGACGAUACAAAUGGUACACAUGAAAUAGAAAAAAUGAACGAACAAAUCAAAGAAACCAUAAGUGAAAUGAACUUAACCGUAGAUGAAAAUAAUGUAAAUGAUUUUUUGAUAAUUGAUACCAAUUUGGUAACGGAGAGUCAAGAAAUACAUUCACAAAAUGAUUGUGAAAGUAAUUCAUCUUGCGACGAAGAAGAAGUAAUGCAUGAUGAAGUCACAACAAUUAAUACAUACAAAGAAGCAUUAAUUCAAAUAAAAAAUCUACAUUGGUUUGCUAUUGAUCAACAAGAUGAUAAUCUUCUUCAAUUGGUUUCAUCGAUCAAACAACAUACAGAACAAAAAAUAGCAGCAACCGUAACAAAACAAAAAACUCUUCAUCAUUUUUGGAAAUGCUAA